AGUGUGUGUGUGUUUUUUUCUCUUUUUUUUUUUUUUUUUUUCGUUUUGUGAGAAAUGUUUACAUUAUGGAAAUAUAUUAUCUAACUGUGGCCAAGUUGAAUGUUAUCACCGUCAUCAGAGCCUGGGAUUAUACACAAAUGGUAUUUAGUAGCCACAAAUGGCAGCUUACUUGCUGGGUAAUGCCAAGCUUGAGGGGUGAAACAAUUUUUACCAGUGUGGGUGAUCAGAGAAUCGGGAUCUCAGAUAGAGGGAAGGUUGUUUUUGUGGAGGUCAGAAACUCUUUUUCCUUUUUAUCUUAAAAAUUUUUAUGUAAUUUCUUCGGAAGGGCUGAUGUGUUUGAUGAUAGUAUAUUUGUAAAACUUUGAACAUAGAGGGCUAAUUGCCUAUUGAAAAGAAAUCUGUUUGUGAUUGUGGAGAACAUGAUCGGUGACUUGAAAAAAUAUAUAUAUAUAUAUCAAUUUUACGUUGGAUCUCAUGGUUUGGUUCCUCUUCCUUUGCUUUUUCUUCAUGCCCUUGUUAUAUGUUAUGCUUGUUCCACUCACAUUCAUUGGAAGCCUACUUCGCAAAUUGAUGUGAAUGCAAAAUAAUGCUUGUGUUGCUAAGAAAAACAGCAUUACGGA